UUCUACUUCUAAAUAAAAUAAGAACUCAAUGUGCUUGUCGCUCAUUCGCAAGUUUCGGCCCAAAAGGGAGAGCGAUGCCUGUCUACUUGUCUUGGGUCUGGACAAUGCUGGCAAAUCCUCACUGACUGCCCGCCUAGCUGACAAACUUUGUGACGGUCAAGUGGCUGCAUCUCUGGUGCCCACUGAGCUGCACCUUGAAGUCAAAGGCAACAAAAUACAAAUGUUUGAUCUAAGCGGACAGCUGAAGGACCGAGUUCUAUGGGCCAACUACUAUCAGCAUGUGAUGGCUUUGAUCUUUGUCAUCGACAGCAAGGAUGCAGCGCGGCUGAGCGAGGCUCUUUGUGUGCUCUGCGAUGUGCUGCUGGAUGAGCGACUGCAGCAGAUUCCACUGCUAAUUGUGGCCAACAAACGGGAUGCUUUGGGCGCCCUUUGCAGCCGCUCCGUGGUCGACCUGUUGGGUCUGAGCCGCUUGGAGGGACGAGAGUGGAGUAUAGUCGAGUGCUCGGUGAGGACAGGCAGCGGCAUUGAGGACAUUAUCGAAUGGAUUGCCAAGAACACACAAAAGUGAUCGAAUGAGCUGUAAUUGAGUUGUAAAUUUGAAAUGUAGAUUAACAAAGAAGAGGGCAAGGUGCCCCUGGCAUAUAGUAGGUAA